AUGCAACAUGCACGAAUGGCAGCGCUCGGUUCCCCACGAUUGUUGUGGUUGACGCGGCAGAGCACCAACCGUCCUCUGCAUCUUUUUGGGUGGGAGGAGGGCGUAAGCAUUCUUGUGACCUUUGCGGACGACGGCACCUAUUUCUCGACCUUUGAGACAGAGCAAACACAGAUGGCGCCAAAGAGAUCAGCCGACGAGACGAACGAGGGCGCUCAGAUGCCCGUCAGCCCGCGUAGCAACAACAGUGGAGACGAGGCGAUCUUAAAGGUCGAUAGCCCCAGCGAGAAACAGAUCGCCGAGCUUGUUGCUUUGGAAGAGAAUGCGCUCAUGGACUCGGCCGACGACUUGGAAAUGGACGAGGAGGAAGCUGUGGACGAUGAGGACCUUGGAAGGCCAUACAAGCGCAUCUGUCGCGGACGUGAAAGUGCGCUUUCUUUGGCCAUGACCGAUCAGAUCAAGAAAAGUCUUAUCAGUAUUGGAAGGGGACGGCGCCUACCCCGAAGGAUGUGUAUCAUGACAUCAAAAAUCGCCACAUUCUCAAAACCCAUCCUCGUUCGUGUCGGCAGCUUAACAAGCAGUCAAGACUUUCAUAUCCAUGCCGCCCGCCUCGCUGCCUCGUCGCCCUACUUCGCCGAGCUCCUAGAUAAGCAGAUUGAAGAAGAUGCACCUCUAGAGCUACUCGAAGACGACCCGAUAGUCUUCCAACUAUAUGCCCACUAUAUUUACGAUAAGAAGAGCAUCACAUCUCUGGACCUUACCGCUUCCAACGCAGCUCUGGACUCACGAUCCGCCGCUUACGACACAUAUAUCGAUUUACUGCAAGCAUACAUCUUUGGCGAGAAAGUGCAAAACUCCGACUUCCAGAAUGAAGUCAUGAAUCGCAUUUUGCAAUGUAUUGGCAACAUGCACAAUGGCAAAUCGCCAAAGGCGUCGGCUCUCACUGACAACAAGGACGAUCUUCCUUCGGCAUCUUCGUCUGAAAAUAUCGUACGGCCACUUAUCGAAUUACUCUACCCAUCACUUCCACCUGACUCUAUUGGAAGAGGCUUGGUGGUUGAAACAUUUAUCGUACUCUGGAGUCACUCGGACGUGCUGCAGAAUUUUGUCCCUGAUGUCAGUAGAGAGCUGCUGACAGAGAUUGCCGAGAUGCUGUUGAGUGGAGACAAGGAUCAUAUUCGCGAUGCUUGGGCUCAGGCAAUCGAUGGCGAUUAUUCUUACUACCAUUCUGCCAGAUACGAUGAGCACUAA